UUCUGGCCUGCAAGGUCGUGACUCUCUGGCCCAGCCUGGACUCCUGGGGGAGGGCAGGGCCUUCUCUGCUGCUCUUACCCUGGAAACCUGAGCCCUGCGAGCACAGGAGUUAGAGGAAGCCAUAAGAGACCAGGCUGUCGCCCAGGACCCCCGCAGAACAGGCAGCAGCCUCCCCCCAUGGCCGAGCUACUGCCCCUGCUGCCUUGGGCGCCUCCCGUGGCUCAGGGGGGUGCUCAGGACCCGCCCGCACCCCCAGCCCAGUGGCAGAGCCAGCAGCCACAGGGUGGCAGGGCCGACGGCCUGGUUCCUGAGCGCUGGAGGCUCCUGGCAGUGCCCUCUAUUCACAUAACGCCGUCCAGUGAUGGGGAGUCACCCCCUUGCUCCCCAACUCCCCGGCGCUUGCAGCGGCUGAGGACCCCCGACCUGGAGAGCUCAUCCUGGGACAGCACCACGCCCCACUCUGGCCGGAGCACGCCCAGCAGCUCCCCAUCUCUCCGCAAGCGGCUGCAACUCUUGCCCUCCAGCCGCCCCCCGCCUGAGCCGGAACCAGGCGCCAUGGUGGAGAAGGGGUCAGAUAACGCCUCAGAGAAAGGGGGGGUGCCCGGGACCCCCAGCACCCAGAGCCUGGGCAGCCGGAACUUCAUCCGCAACAGCAAGAAGAUGCAGAGCUGGUACAGCAUGCUGAGCCCCACGUACAAACAGCGCAACGAGGACUUCCGGAAACUGUUCAGCAAACUCCCCGAAGCCGAGCGCCUCAUCGUGGAUUACUCCUGUGCCUUGCAGCGCGAGAUCCUCCUCCAGGGCCGCCUCUAUCUCUCCGAGAACUGGAUCUGCUUCUACAGCAACAUCUUCCGCUGGGAGACCACAAUUUCCAUCCAGCUGAAGGAAGUGACGUGUCUGAAGAAGGAAAAGACGGCCAAGCUGAUCCCCAACGCCAUCCAGAUUUGCACGGAGAGCGAGAAGCAUUUCUUCACCUCCUUCGGGGCCCGGGACCGCUGCUUCCUCCUCAUCUUCCGCCUCUGGCAGAACGCGCUGCUGGAGAAGACGCUGAGCCCCCGCGAGCUCUGGCACCUGGUUCAUCAGUGCUAUGGCUCAGAGCUGGGCCUCACCAGCGAGGACGAGGACUACGUCUGCCCCUUGCAGCUGAACGGCCUGGGGACCCCCAAGGAAGUGGGCGAUGUGAUUGCCCUGAGUGACAUCGCCCCCCCAGGGGCGGCCGACCGCAGCCAGGAGCCCAGCCCCGUGGGCUCACGUCACGGCCGCACCACCCCCAGCCUUUCCAGGGCCAGCAGCGAUGCAGACCAUGGGGCAGAGGAGGACAAAGAGGAGCAGACAGACAGCCAGCCCGACGCCUCCUCCAGCCAGACAGUGACCCCCGUGGCCGAGCCCCCGAGCUCAGAGCCCACCCCGUCGGACGGGCCCGCCUGCCUGGGCCCCUCGGACCUGCUGCCCAGCGAGGAGCUGCUGACGGACACAAGUAACUCCUCCUCGUCGACCGGGGAGGAGGCUGACCUGGCCGCCCUGCUCCCCGACCUCUCCGGCCGGCUCCUCAUCAACGCCGUCUUCCACGUGGGCGCCGAGCGGCUGCAGCAGAUGCUCUUCUCCGACUCGCCCUUCCUGCAGGGCUUCCUGCAGCAGUGCAAAUUCACAGACGUCACCUUGAGCCCCUGGAGUGGGGACAGCAAGUGCCACCAGCGCCGAGUGCUCACUUACACCAUCCCCAUCAGCAACCCGCUGGGCCCCAAGAGCGCCUCCGUGGUGGAGACUCAGACGCUCUUCCGCCGAGGCCCGCAGGCAGGCGGGUGUGUGGUGGACUCCGAGGUGCUGACACAGGGCAUCCCCUACCAGGACUACUUCUACACCGCCCACCGCUACUGCAUCCUGGGCCUGGCCCGGAACAAGGCCCGGCUCCGCGUGUCCUCGGAGAUCCGCUACCGGAAGCAGCCCUGGAGCCUGGUGAAGUCGCUCAUCGAGAAGAACUCCUGGAGCGGCAUUGAGGACUACUUCCGCCAGCUGGGUAGGUGGCUGACGAGCCCCUUCCCUGCAGGUUCCCUCAGCUCCCGCUUCUCAGAGCCCGCUGCGGAGCAGGGCCCUGGGGCCGGCAUCCCGGGCGCCCUGGUCCUCAUCAGCAUCGUGAUCUGCGUGAGCCUCAUCGUCCUCAUCGCUCUCAACAUCCUCCUCUUUUACCGCCUCUGGUCCCUGGAGCGGACGGCCCACACUUUUGAAUCCUGGCACAGUCUGGCCCUGGCCAAGGGCAAGCUCCCCCAGACGGCCACCGAAUGGGCGGAGAUCCUGGCGCUGCAGAAACAGUUCCACAGCGUGGAAGUGCACAAGUGGCGGCAGAUCCUGCGGGCUUCCGUGGAGCUGCUUGACGAGAUGAAGUUCUCGCUGGAGAAGCUGCAUCAGGGCAUCGCUGUCUCAGACCCUCCCUUCGACUCUCAGCCACGACCCGACGACAGCUUCUCCUGAGGACGCCUACCCGCACGGCCGUCCCCCGAGAUGGACAGAUGGACACAGAGCCUCGGCGGCCACUGCUGGCACGGUGUGAGCGCCGGGAGGCCCUGACACCCCUCGCAGGGGCCCUCGUGGGGCCACGCGGACCUGGGGACCACAACCACAUGCACUUUAGACCAGCGUGCGCAAGGGAGCUGGCCUGGCCGUCAGCAGGCCCCGCUAACUUAUUUUGCCCAGCUGGGGCUGUGGGGGUGCCUCCUGGGGUGCACGAUCCCCUCAGCUCUGGGUUUAAUGUAUUAUAUUUAUUUGGGGCAGAGAGAACCCCAAUAAAGUGUUGGAAAUGAC